UUAUUAUUGAAACCAGCGGGACAGUGAAGGAAAUUGGAAAAACCCAAAGAGCCGGCAUAUUGAUUUCCAAGAUAACAACAGCCCGUCCCUUGUCCUCGGUCUGACCUAAUGGAUCCCAGCGGAAGUGAACUGGACUCCAGUCUUCCUCAGCCUGAGAACCCGUGUCUGAUCGUGGAGGACUCCCAGCCGGACAGUGUUGCUCUGGAGGACGACCCCGAGAGCAGCUACCGAGCCCUGCUGGCCCGCCGCCUGUCCAGCCUGCAGCCCACUGCCCGGAGCCCGGUGCUGGAACUGAUAUCCUCCCCGCUAGGAAGCCGAUGCUCUCAGACUGACAGCCAAUCAGAGAGCUCCCAGAGUAACAACCAAGCCGAACCAGGCAUCCAAAUUGCGUCCAACCCCAGUUCUGCGUUCCAGGAGGAAAGCCAAGUUCUGAACGUUUGCCCUCCAAACAAGAAAAAGUGUGCACUGGAGGACACAGACAUGGAGUCAGGAGCUGAUUCUACCACACACUGCAUUCAGCCUGAGGAGGGAACCUCUCAAUUUGGUUUUCUGGAGCUUUCUCAGAGUCAGGAUCUGCGCGGUGAAGUGGUGAACCGUCAGGUGGAAGACGACAGAGAGAGACGCAACAAAUCAGCAGAGCAGAACAUCAGCUCCAGGACUUCACAGAGUCAGGACAACAAAGCAGCGAGAUCUGAGGUGAGCUCCAGCUGGUCAGAGUCCUCGGGUCAGUCGGGGAGGCAGCGGGGCAUCGAGGCUCUGCUGCACUCAGAGGGCCUGCAGGCGUCUGAUGAGCAGGAGAUCCCGUCCUCACAGGAGGACAUGUUCGACCCUGACAAGACGGGCGGUGCAGUGGACAGCACGGUGUCUGAGCCGGAGCAGCAGGGUCACCCCACGGCCACACCGGCCCAGACCCUGCGGCUGCUGCAUCUGUCCGGACAGGGAACUCUGGUGCAGGAGACUCUGUCCCAGAGCUCUGUUGACUUUGUUGCCGCCACCCAAGACAACUUCUCCCAGAACCUUUUGAUAGUUCCCAGUUCCCCAACAGAAGCAGAACACGCUGAUGAGCCGAUGGACACUUCACUGCCCCCCGAAGACCGAGCAGAGCCAAUGGAAACAGAGGCCGCUUCUAAGCCACACCCGUCGGCCUCUACUCCUGUCUCCCAGAAUUCCCCUGGUUUUGUGUUAGAGCGCACUCUCUCUUUACCGUCCCAGCCAGAGUUUUCUCACGACGUGUUUGUCCCUACACAGAGCCAGUCACAACGGGAGUCAGAUAAGAAGAAAGCCUCGUUGCCUCGCCAGACGCAGUCUCAGCCCCUGGAGUCAGCUCCUUUCACGUUGCCUUUGCAGCUCUCUGUGAACACACAGAUCAGCAGCCAGGCUCAGAAGACCUCAGAACAUAUAGAGGAGGACAGCCAGGCAACACAGAUCGAGGAGCUGAAGGAGCCGCCCGGCAACAGCGACUCACAACAGAGGAGAGAGAGUAACGGUAUGUCUUCACAGUCACAAACUGCCACCAGCUCCAAAGCUUCCCCCUCUGCCGAAUCACCAAAGCAUCGCGCAGCAUGUGCCAAGAACGAGCCGUCCAGUCAGUUGCAAAAGUCUGAAGUGCACAAAAAGACAGCGACUUCUUUGAAUGUACAAAAUGUGAAUGUAAAAGACAGUAAGAGUGACGUGGUGUCCUGCUCACAACCCAAGGUCGAUCUCUCUGAUGUGACUGUUAACAGCUGCGUGCAGGAGACUCCCCCCGCAGACCCUACACCCUGCAGUUUGCCCUCACAGUCUAUGAUCUCUCAGACUGUGGAUGUAGUGAAGGGUUCUGUGGACUCGAGAAAGGCAGGAGCAAAAGCAAACAGUCAGUCUUUAAAAUCAUUGUCACAGCAGUCGGUAGCAGCUGGCAACAGUCAAACAGUCAAAGACGUGAUGGGGGAGAGUAAUAAGUGGGAAGAAGAAGAGGAGGUGAUGGAGGGGGAAGGAGAGAACACAUUGGGAAGCGGGGCCUCUGGACUAGGUCUGGCUCUCUCUCAGAGUCAGCUGCUGUCUCCUGAGCCCAUGGAGGAGGAGAGUGAAAACAGAGGAGAGGACAGCAUCAUCGUGGUCACAGACAGCGAGAGAGACUCCCAGCCUCUUCAGGCAAAGACCAACAGCUCCCAGCCAACCAGAGGCAAAGUGUCCUGCUCCACCAAUGGCCAUGAGUCCCAGACUCAGGGGAAGAAGCUGCACCCGGGUCCUGAUAGGCUCUCCCAGACUGAGAGGGCGGGACCUGAAGCAGAGGGGCACAAAGACAAGAGCCUGAGUGACAGCUCUGGAGAAAUGUCCUUCCACUUCACUCUCCCUAAAGAAGGCGAGCUGAUUGGUCCUGUUGUCGGUGCCACGCCUCCUCUGAUCGGCCAGCUGAAGCAGACGCUGAGACACAGCACUCCCAUUGAGAUCACUUCCUUUUCUCAAAAGUCAGGCGCGGUGGGGGAUGUCUCUGCAGACGGGGCGAUGGCAGCCAGUGACAUUGUUUCGGGCGAGAGCGGGGAUGACACGAUGGAAAAGGGAGACGGGAAGCUGAGUUUGAGGAUGAAGCUGGUGACCCCGGUGGAGGAGGGCAGCUCGGAGCGCUUCAGCCUGCAGAAGCCCGCCCUAUCAGAGGAGGAUGGACCUGUCGUCAAGGUUACCACUGUUGCCAAGGCUGUUACCAGCCCGUCAGUGUUCAGUCGUGUCCGGCAGGUUCACAGACAGCAGGACGCAAGAGAGGAGAGCCAGGGGGGGGGCAACAGCACACCUGUCAGAGGGGAUCUGUUCUCCUCGCCGCAGAGGAGCUCCCAGGCCUCCUCGCUGGGAUGCAACAGCCUCCCCAACAGCCAAUCAGAACCUUCACGACAGGAAGUUUUGGCAGCAUCGCAGGAGACCCGUAAAGAUCCUGCAGAGCGCUCUGCAAACAGGCUAGGGCCGCAUCAAGCUGCAGAGCCCCCCACCCCCAACAGGACAGAGGCCCGGCAGAGGGCCCCCUCCGACAGCACCGUCACCUCCAGUCCGUCCAACAAGAUCCGUCAGAGGACAGUCUCCCAGCAGACCACCGAGGCUCCGGGGCUGCGCUCCCCAGCCAACAGGGGUGACCCGGAGUCUCCGUCCUUUAGAAGAACCACAGCCCCCGCACACCGCAGACAUGUGCGCACUAUCCAGGAAGUGCGGACCACCGUCACACGCAUCAUCACAGACGUGUAUUACGAGGACGGCAAAGAGGUGGACCGCAAAGUCACAGAGGAGAGCGAGGAGCCAGUGGUGGACUGCCAGGUGUUGGACGGCGAUAUUUCCCCGUGUCGCACCGGCGGCAGCUCAAUGACCUCCGGUGACCUCGGGGACAUCAGCUCUCUGUCGUCCAAAGCCUCCAGCAUGCAGCACAGCUCCGGAGGAACCAGCAGCAGCGGAUUCACCAGGCCCGACUUCCUCAUGCCGCCCAGCCGAGGGGCCACGUCCUUCAGUCCCAGGAGGGGAGGCGGUCAUCAACAGAGGGGUCACAGGGGUCAAAGGGCAGGGUCAGGGGUCACAAUGAACAGAGGCCUCGCCCCGCCGUUCCCCAGAGGAAGGGCUAGAAGGGGCCGGCCCCCAUCCCGCGCCUCAAUGUCCAGGGGGGGUGCUGUCGGCUCCCUGCAGAGGCUCGGUGCUCACGGCCAGCCUCAUUCCUCCUCAGAGGAGGAGCCCUACACCCGCAUGCUCCCCCCGCGUCUCCCCGCCAGCCCCGCAGACCCCGAGCUCCACAGCCGCUCCGACUCCCUCAGGUCGUCCCCGGAGGAGGCCCACUCGGCAGGGAGCAGCUUUGUGGGGCUGCGGGUGGUGGCCAAGUGGUCGUCCAACGGAUACUUCUACUCAGGCCUCAUCAUCAAAGACUCUGGAGAGGGCAGCUUCCGUCUGCGCUUCGACGACGGCUACGAGUGUGAGGUGGCAGGGAGGGACAUCCUGCUGUGUGACCCCAUCCCCCUGGAGACGGAGGUCACCGCCCUGCUGGAGGACGAGUACUUCAGCAUAGGCAUUGUGCGGGAUCAUAAGACCGAGGGGCCCGAUCUGUUCUACAGCGUGGAGAAGGACGGUCAGAGGCAGUGGCACAACAGGACCUCCGUCAUCCUGUCUCUGGAGCAGGGCAACAAGCUGAGGGAGCAGCACAGCCUGGGGCCCUACGAGCCCUCCACCCCGCUGACCAAGGCCUCCGACAUCAGCCUGGAUAACCUGGUGGAGGGGAAGAGGCGGCGCAGAGCGGGCCCAGAGGAACACAGCACCCCCAACCGCAGCCCCCGCACCCCCGGCCCCUCUGGGAAGAGGAAGCUGAUGACCUCCGAGGGCAUCAGGUCGCCGGCUAAGAGGGGCCGCAGGGGUGCCGGGGCCAGAGCCGCUCAGCGGGUGGGGUUGUGUAACACCUCCGGCAGCGGCACAGAUCUCCCCGGUCAGGCUGGUGACGUGGCUGAUACUCACGGCCCCCUGCCCAAGAACACCACCCUCUUUAUGGGUUUCGCCUUCAUGCUGACCGCCUCGUCCGAGAUCGACCGGCUGACCAACAAGAGCGCCAGCGACGAUGAGGACGAUUACAUGGAGACGGGUCCGUAUAACAAAGCUUACACAGAGUCUCAGCUGCAGGCGGGGGGGGGCUUCGUCCUGCCAGACUUCAAUGAAGAACAAUGUAAGGCAGCCUAUCAGAGCCUGCUGAUUGCAGACCAGCACUGCCGCACCAGGAAGUACCUGCUGUGUUUGGCCAGCGGUGUGCCCAGUGUGUCGCACAUCUGGGUGAGAGACUGCUGCAAAGAGAACAAGCUGCUCAACUACAGGAACUACCUGCUUCCCGCCGGAGCGGGGCCCGACGAGGCCGUAGUGGAGUGGCAUCCGCGCUGCAGCCCGUUCAAAGCCCUGCGGGUCCUUCUGGUGUUUGAGAAGCCGGUGGAGCUUUGGGCGCAGCUGAUCACCAUGGGUGGAGGUUCGUCUGUCCGACACUUCCAGACGGACAAGGACGGCUCAGACAUUCCUGCGGGCAAGUACGACCUCGUGGUGACAGACAGUGCCUGCCCGCCAUUGGUGGAGAAAAACGUGACAUCACAGGAAGUCCCGCUGGUGUCCCCUGAGUGGAUCAUCCAGAGCGUCAUCCGCGGGGAGCGCAUGGGUUUCCACAGCAAGCCUCAGUAUCGCCAUGACUACUCUUCCUCUUCCUCCUCCUAAUCACAUGUUAAAUGCCUUGGACCAUGAUAAAUGUUCAGCAUUAGAUCCAUUGCAUGCCUCUGCUGUAUAUAACUUUCUCCUGUCUGUUUUUAUGGGACAUUAAAACAGUGACCUUGUUGUUUCAUUUUAA